UUGAAUUGUAAACAAAAAAAAAAAGAAGCCUCCUCCUUUGCCUCUCUUAGUUCAUUUCUAAUUGAUACACACCAAAUCAAUGUUCACAUUCACACUUCAUUUAAAGUGAACGCAUCAUUUUUUGUUUACCAACCAACAAAAAAUAAAAUUUCCAUUUUUAUUGAUCAAAGCUUCUCUCUUUAGCAGCCUUCAUCAGUCGAGAUGUUUCUACGAAGAAAGCAAUCGCAAAAUCAUCAGGAGAAUGAUGUUGCUCAGCGAGAUGCAAAGGUCAAUGAACUCAGGAUAGCUCUUGGAUCUCUGUCAGGUCGUAGUUUGAAGUACUGCAACGAUGCCUGUCUGAAAAGAUAUCUAGAAGCUCGAAACUGGAACGUUGACAAGGCUCAUAAAAUGUUGGAAGAGACGCUCAAGUGGAGGGCAACUUACAAGCCUGAUGAAAUCCGAUGGCAUGAAAUAUCACAUGAAGGCGAGACAGGUAAAGUCUCACGGGCAAAUUUUCAUGAUCGAUAUGGCAGGACUGUUCUUAUAAUGAGGCCAGGAAUGCAGAACACAAAGGAUGCAGAAGGGAACAUCCGCCACUUGGUUUAUCUAAUUGAAAACAGUAUUCUUAACUUAGGUGAGGGUCAAGAACAAAUGGCUUGGCUGAUAGACUUCACCGGGUUGUCCUUGAGCAAUAGUGUACCUGUUAGAACAGCUCGUGACAUCAUUAACAUUUUACAGAAUCAUUACCCUGAGAGGCUUGCCAUUGCAUUUCUGUAUAACCCCCCAAGAAUUUUUGAAGCAUUUUGGAAGGCAGUCAAGUAUUUCCUUGAUCCCAAAACUUCCCAGAAGGUGAAAUUUGUUUAUCCAAAAAAUAAAGAUAGUGUAGAGGUGAUGAAAUCUUUCUUUGAUGUCGACAAUCUUCCUAGCGAAUUCGGUGGAAAAGCAACCUUGAAGUACGACCACGACGAGUUCUCUCGUAUGAUGGCUCAGGAUGAUGUCAAAACUGCAAAAUUCUGGGGAUUCGACGAGAAGUCGAUACACACUGCCAAUGGACAUUUGGGAUCUCAGGUAGCCCCAGAGCCAACGCAGCUUGCACCACCUGCUAGCUGAGAACGUCAGAUUAAUGCCAUGGAUUGUGGAAGGUGCAGCUUUGUCUAUGACCAAAAGAUUCAGAAAAAUGUUACUAAUUUGUAAUGCCAACAGUGAGUUACAACUAGCAGAUGUCUAUCCCUUCUUUUCAAUGGUGUUCCUUUCUGUUCUCGUCACCUUUGAAUUGGUAAAAUUUUAUAUAAUUAAUUUACUCAUAAAUUAUAUA